AUGGCUCUUCAGGAGGGUCGAAAUGGGUCAUAUGACUCCCUUUCAAAAUCGAUCGAAAACCGACUCUCGCGGGAGUGCAAAGAAUUAGCCCUCUGUCCCGAGCUUUCCUGUUCCCGCGGUUUACGAGGGAGACUCUCGCGAUAUGUGCCUUUGAAGCCAGGACUUCUCGCGAUAUCUCGGAGCUCUGGGAGAAAGCGGGUACCUCGGGGGCGGCGACGCUGGGACAAAAUGGCGGAGGAACCGGGUAGCAACGGGGACGCGUUAGCUUUGCCGGUGGGAAAGGAGGCAGUGGAUCGUCUGAUCAAAGAAAACAGCCACAUCUUCACUGACACACAGUGCAAAGUGUGUAGUGCAGUUCUCAUCUCUGAGUCACAGAAGCUUGCUCACUAUCAGAGUAAGAAACAUGCAAACAAAGUUCGGCAGUAUAUGUCUAUCCAUGGUGAGGAAGAGCUCAGCCAAAGCAAGAAAAUAAAAUUGGACACAAAGCAGCAAGGUAGCAAUGGAGAAGACAGGAACAAGUGCUGUCCCAUCUGUAAUAUGACCUUUUCCUCACCUGUUAUGGCUAACUCCCACUACCUAGGCAAGACCCAUGCCAAGAAUCUGAAGCUGCAUUCUCCUAAAGCAGAAGCUGUUGUUCCUGCUCAGAAACAAGCUGCUAAUGCACCUCCCACUACUGUGUCCUCUAAUGAAGAGAACCAAAACACUUCUGACCCAAACAAAUUCUGCAGUCUCUGCCACGCCAUUUUCAAUAACCCACUGAUGGCGAAACAGCACUAUGUAGGCAAGAAACACAAAAAGCAGGAGACCAAACUUAAGCUAAUGGCACACUAUGGGAGAACCCCUGAGGAACCUGCUGCUUCAACAGCUGGGAAGGGGUAUCCUUGCAAUACCUGUAACAUAGUACUGAACUCUAUAGAGCAAUACCAGGCUCACAUCAGCGGUUUCAAACACAGGAAUCAGAUACCAGGAGCAGUACCCAUUACAGGACGGUACCAAAAGCAGCAGUACACACGAGAGGAGACAGCAGGCCCUGAUGGCUACAGCUACUUUAGCCAAGACCUCUAGAGCAAGAUCCAUUGGAUUUGGAUUGCAAAUGGCCCAAAUGUGAACAUCUUUUAUCAGCCCACUGUGGUUUUGUUGUUCCUCUGGCUAUAAGAAAUCCUCCUGUCCUGCAGUGCACAGGUUUAGCUGAUUUCAGAACUAACAGUUGGCUAAAGGAUCUAGAAGGGACAGAUCUACCAGUUGGCAUUCGCUCAGUCCUUUAGAAUAGUUUUCAUUGUGUAAUCUCUUGCAGAAAUGGCUGAGAUGGGGGCGGGUCUUGUGUCUGGCAUGAGUGUCUGCCAGUGUUCUCUCAAGCCCAUCCUUUUCUUCUGCUCAGAAGACUCAGAGGGAAGUUCUCCACCCAGUACCAGCCAGAGAAGAUUGACCUUUGGAAGAACGUUUAAGGUUUCGGGUAACAGAGUGCUUAAGUAUGAGGUGUGGUAUUGGGCAUAAUUGGACAGACUGGCUAUCCUUCACUCUCCUAGAAAGGAGUAAUAUCUUUGUGUUUGUCUUGCCCUUUCUUUGGUUGGGUUUGUGUGCAGAGUUUCUUAGGUCAUUGAUUGCCA